AUGUCGGACAGCGUCGACGAGCCACCGACUCGAGCCGUGGUGCAGAACCACCUCGGCGCAGUGCAAGCGCGGCUGGGCGACUACGUCUUCAGUCUGUACCUCGACGCCCUCAAGCAAUACCAAGUGCGAACUCUAAGCAUCUCUGCCCUGAUCGAGCGAGUCGAAGACCUCUUCGCCGGCCACACCGACUUGCUCCUCGGCUUCCGCUCCUUCCUUCCCGCCGCCCGCCGCUGCUCUUCCGCCGGCUCUUCUCGCGCCGAUAGCCCGGCUGCGGCGGGAGCGACACACUCCAUCUCGAUGCCAAUUCUCCUCCGCACCGCCGCCGCCGCCUUGGCUCCAGACAGCGAAGAGGAGUUGACGGUUGCUCCGUCUUCAGGCUCAGCACCGUCCAUGGCCGCGUCGCCCACGGCCGCAUCCUCGCCGGACGAGCCGCAAUCCAGCCGCGCAGCCUCGGCUCCGUCGCCUGCGGUGGCCUUGCCUCCCGCGGCCGCAGCCUCACCGGCCGAGCCGCAGACUGUUCAACUUGCCGCCACCGGGGACACGAUUCUGACCGUGGAGGUGCAGGGAGAGGACCUGGUCAUCGUCGAGUGCCUCACCCCCAGUCCCUUUGGCAUGCCGUCGCCAUCGCUCCUCGGCACCUCCUUCCUGCGCAUCGAGCAGUGGGUCCUGAUGAGAACGGCGGACGCUCUCCUCGCCAUCAGCCCGUCCGCCGCCCCGGCCAGCCCGACCGCGCGCCUCCUCCUACGGGUCCUGCUGGCGCCGCCGGGACCCGCCGGUCUGCAGCCGGCCGUGGGCACCUCGGUGGUGGUGGACUUGAACCUCUCUGUCCUGGAAGGCAGGCCGUCGCAGCUGCUCGUCUCGUCGCGAUACGCCAUCCCGCUCGACGCCGCGUCUCCCGUCCUCGGCCUCAUCACGCCCAACCGGUGGAUCAUUACCCAAGGAGACUAG